AUGGCCGACACGGCUAGCGCAGGUGGCGAGAUUCCACGGGUUGAAGGCGAUGUUGAAGUCAUAGCUGCUUCCACAAGCAUAACGCUUGACGAGCCUAUCUGUUGUGCAGCUUCCUCUCAACAUCUCCUCCGCGAGGUGAUUCGAACGGGUUUCGGAGUCCUAGAUCUGAAGUCUUCGCCUCGUGGAACAGAUAUGUUUGCAGUCGCUGGUAGUAAUGGCAAUCUUGUCUUCUAUUUCAUCCAGAAUAUCAAUGGUGUCUAUUUGAGAGAGUUUUGCUCGAUCGAUCUCUGUAGAGGAUCCGUCAUCAUAACUUAUCUCGACUGGGUUUCUACUGUUGGAGAAAAGGAUAAGAUAGCAAUGGCUUGUUCUGAUGGUACCCUUGGCGUUGUUCAUUUUGAUGCAAGAGAUCCUAGCUCGUGCUCUUCUACCAGUUUUGUUUCAAUUCAUAUCCAACAGGCCUGGUAUGUUGCUUGGGACGGGUUCGACGAACAGAGACUUUACUCGGGUGGAGAUGAUGCACACUUUUGCACUUUUGAAGAUCCACUCAUCGUUCUUCCGCGGACCAACCAGGGUAGAGGUCCCAGCGAUGAAGCAAUUGCGGAUUUUCAACCAAGCGUUCGUGACAAAAGAACGCAUACUUAUGGAGUCACCGCGAUUGUGCCAAUUGGAAAGGGAACUGAUGGAGAGUCUAUAGUCCUGACUGGCAGCUAUGACAAUCGCUUGAGAAUUUUGCGGCGAAGGAAGGCAGUGCUUUCUUGGCAGACUAUUGCAGAGACAGACUUAGGUGGCGGCGUGUGGCGGAUCUCUUUUCUAGAGCACCUGACGAAUAUUCAGGAGGCUUUGUCAACUGGCGUCUCAUUCAACAUCCGACUAGUUGCAUCAUGUAUGCAAGACGGACCAAAGAUCGUGGAGGUCGGAUUUGAAGGAGACAGUAAUUGGUCAAUCAGAACUCUUGCUCGUGUACCUGGGCAUCAGCUGAACUAUGCCACAAUCGCCAUGCCACACCAAACAGAUCAUGGCCCAAGGACGUUGGUUUCGACAGACUUCACAAAUCGGCAGGCUCACGUUUGGAGAUUCUAG